CCGACGCCGAUAGUAGUGGUAGUGUGCAGGCGGUAGUAGUUCAGUAGUACUACUAGUACUGCUGAUGCUGGGUGUUGGAUGGUGGUGGUGGUGAUGGCGGUGAUAGUAGUGGUGGCGGUGGUAGCGGUGGUGCUGGUGGUGGUAGUAAUACGACUGUACUGGCGGCGGCGAGCCUGGUGGUGGUAGAAUAGAGCGCGGACCAGUCGGGCCUCCCUCGCACACGUAAGGGCAUGAAACGGAGCCGAGAGUACACGAGGCGAGUCAGUUCGCUGCCGACUGCGAUCGGAAACGGACGCGUCGUUCUCGUAUCGUCGAGUGUUCACAGGCACUCCGGAGACUUCAGCCGUGUCUGGUGAGGACACUCGUUCGGAGUUCCUUUUGGGAUUAACGAGGCGGCUAGUUUUUUUUAAGUUACACGUGACAAGAUUUGUGAAGCUACUCCUACAACUGCAGAGGGGAAAAACAGUGUUAUUUGUCAUUGAGUGCGUGAAGGUGCCGUGAGAAUCGAGGAGCAAGAAACACGCCGGUUAAGUGCCGGUGGUUCAUGAGAGGAAGAUGAGCGAUCACGUGGUGGUGGAAAGUACAUUCGAGCUUUCAGCUUUCAUGAAAGCCGGGGUAAUGGCGGAUUCUGAACGUGAUAGUGGCUCCUGCAGCGGCGCUGACGAGGAUAGCAGGUCAGGCCUGCACUCGCCUACCGCAUCCGAAGAUAGUGUCGAAGUGCAAGUAACACCAAUCUCAUUGCGGAACAAGCGGAAGCUGGCGGAACCGCGCAAGAUCCAGGAGCCGGCCGUGAUCGCGACACCAUUGAAGAAGAGGAGAUUCGAUCCGAUUUCCGCGGAAAGAACGAUAACUACCGUGGACCAGGAGGAGACCAGGUCGGUGAGCACGCCAAGUCCCUUCAGGCCGUGGAUUCCGGUCUCCUGCAAGAACGAAUCAAAGACUGUGACCGCCACGACGUCGCCGACGACGACAACGACGACAACGACGUCGCCGGUGACGAUCUCGAGUACUUCAACAACUACGGUGACCAGUACAGCACCAACGGUGACUUCGACGAUUCCGUUAACGAAGAUCAACGAAAACGAGGAAGAGGAAAGAAGAAGGGAGCAGGAUGAGACGAUGCAGAGGCUACACGAGUCGAUCACGAGGCUACAACAAUGCGGCCACAAUCGAUCAGCUGUGUCGUCUCGACGAGAAUCCCGUCAUAGACCAUUCGAUGCGGGGGCGACUUUGACAACGCCGCCGACGAUGCCGCUGGUGAACGGCCUACCUCCCAGACUACAGGACGAACCAUUGUCUUUGGUUGUGAGGGAUGAAGCGCCCAGAGUGCCGUCGCAUCCUGCCGUGAGUGGCACUUACGAAAAAACGCCAUCAUACAUGAUGGACCACCUCUUGGCGUCAUCAUCUGGUCACGAUCAUCCGAAUCAUCAGGUUCAUCAGACUCAUCAGACUCACCAGGUGAGCUCCACGUCGUCCCGACAUCACCAUCAGGGCGGCCAGCAGAGAAACUACAAGAAUAUGACACGGGAGAGACGAAUAGAGGCGAACGCCCGAGAGAGAACCAGGGUGCAUACCAUUAGUGCAGCUUUCGACACUUUGAGACGCGCUAUACCCGCGUACUCGCACAACCAGAAGUUAUCGAAGUUGUCCGUACUGAGGAUUGCCUGUAGCUACAUAAUGACGCUCAGUCAUAUUCUCGGGAAGGACGAAGAUGCAGUGACUGCAAAGAAAAACGAUCUAGAACUGGGUAAUUGCGUGGACCAGGUCUCCAAGACUAUUCAGACGGAGGGCAAACUCAGAAAGCGGAAGGACGAUUAAACGAAUCCCAUUUCCACCUAAAUCUGGCAAGACGACACGGAGAUGAUUGAUAACGGAUUCUGUUAUAGUGAGACAUUUGAAAGAAAGAGGGGAGAUUCCGCGCAUCAAACGCUUAUUCGUCUUCUUCGAUGAUAUUGAUAAGUCGUAGGAGAGGAGAGGACGAUCUAGAGUUAAGUAACGACGUUAGUUUAAUUAACUUACCACACUAUCGAUUUUUAAAUCUGAAGCGCUUCGCUCGAAUUAGUCUCGAUUAGAAUUAGAACAGUGUCGAUCGAGAUGAUUGAUAUUCCUACUGAUUUCAAUCGGUUUAGAGAUAAUUGGAGAAGUCAUAAACACCGUCAAGCGCCACUUCUCCAUUCUUCAUCUUUUCGAAAGGAGGAAAAGUUCGAUUAAACGAUAUGAGUCUUAAACUUGCUCGCCAUUAAUAUUCAUACUGCUGUACAUAAAUUGUAUAAUACGCUCUUCGAAAUCGUACUAAGCGAACCUUAGAUUUUAAUGUAUAUUCCUCCUCCUCUCCCAAGGGAGAGAACAACCGUGAUGGGGGCUACUCAUUUACGUCAUCCCGAUAGCAGCUGCGCAACCAGACAAUAAAUUUUUAGAAAGAUCCUCAUACUUACACGGGAUGUUUAGUUUACAGCGAGCAUUGCUACGGUCGUUGCACCACGUCUCGCGAAUUAUGGCGGGGAAUGAGCGGUUGUUUACGCAGGAUCUGAGAAAUCGCGCUUAGAGAAACUAGUCUCGGGUCCAAGUUAACCCUUCCGAGACGACAUCCCGUUCGCUUGAUCAAACUUGCCGAUGAUCCAUAAGAUAUACAACAGUUUAUAAGAACGCGUAUUGUGAGAUUAAAAUUAAUUUUAUUUUACAUGGUUGCAAAGUGUAAAUAAAAAUUAAUUUUAAUUCAUACAUGCCUUGUGCAAAGGUGCAAGGGUGCAAAAUUAAAAUUCUGUUAAUCGUGAUUGAUUUGAUGCCGUAUAAAACAUAAAGAGCAUUGUAAUGUAUGAGCACAUCGUAACGCGAACUAUCUUUAAUGCGACACGCCUUUGGUAUUCUUGCGAAUUCAUUGUGUCUCGAGAGGGUUAAACGCGAAGCACGCGAACACCGCGCCUUAGUUCGGCCGAGCAGAUUCGUGUGUCGCCUAGAGCAGUGAUUUCCAAACUGCGAUUCAUCGAGGUGCAUUCUAAUCCUUCCAUCCUUUCAUUGAGAUAAUGAAAGGAUGAUGAGGAAAAGAUCAGUCGGUCACCUGCAAUCCGUUGCACCGACUUGCGAAACGUUGAUCUAGGACGCAUGCGCGAAAACGAAAACGGAUGAAACAAAAACGAGGACAAUAAAUAAUGCUGCUUAUGACGCAUUCGAUUUAACUCGAGGAAGUUAUUACAUUAUUAUAUAGCACACGUAGUACAACAAUUAAGCUACAAAAUGGUGUAUCGUCUUUCUAUGGAUAGUUCAAUAAAACACACAUAAAAAAA